AUGGCCGCCCUCAUCAGCGCGUACUCGUCGUGGCCAGAGUCCUUCGAGUGUCCUCCAGGAGACGGGGACGUGCCCGACGGACAUGGCCCGCACAGGACCCCCGUGGACAAGGCGCCGGAGCCGCGGAUCAGACGGCCCAUGAACGCGUUCAUGGUGUGGGCCAAAGAUGAGCGCAAACGGCUGGCCGUUCAAAAUCCAGACCUGCACAAUGCCGAGCUCAGCAAAAUGUUGGGAAAGUCAUGGAAGGCCCUAACUCCCCCUGAUAAGAGGCCCUAUGUGGAGGAAGCAGAAAGGCUUCGGGUGCAGCACAUGCAGGACUACCCCAACUAUAAGUAUCGGCCUCGCCGCAAGAAACAGCUGAAACGCAUCUGCAAACGAGUGGACCCUGGCUUCCUCCUGAGCGGGCUGGCCCCUGAUCAGAACGCCCUGCCCGAACAGCGAGUCCUCUGUCACCCCCUCGACAAAGACGAGGGCAGCCCUAACGGUAUCAGAAGUGGCUUCUCCAGCCCCAGCCCUGCUCUGCCCAGCGUCAGAAGCUUCAGGGACCCAGCCGGUUCCAACAGCAGCUUUGACACCUACCCCUACGGCCUGCCCACUCCCCCUGAGAUGUCCCCAUUAGAUGCCAUGGACCACGAACAUGUACCCCCCUCUUAUUAUUCAACAUCUGGUAGCUCCUCCUGCUCUUCCUCCUGCCCAGAUGAGCACCACCAGAAUCAGACACACAUGGGCAGCCCACCCCCUUACCACACUGACUACACUCAGACCCAAAUUCACUGUGGGGGCGCACACAUAGGUCACAUCUCUCACAUGUCCCAAACUGGUGGCGCUGGACUGAUCCAUGGCCCUCCGCUGUCUUACUACAGUACCUCAUCUUUCCACCAGAUUCACCACGGGCUCCACCAGGGCCACCUGGGUCAGCUGUCCCCCCCACCAGAGACACAGGGUCAACUGGAGACUCUAGACCAGCUGAGCCAGGCAGAGCUUCUGGGUGAGGUGGACCGCGAUGAGUUUGACCAGUACCUGAACUCCACUGGGACUGGGUUCCAUCCUGAGCAGGGCAGCAGUAUGACCGUUACAGGACACAUCCAGGUGGCGUCGGCCGCCACUGCUUCUGCCACUGCCUGUCCAACCAGCACCACAGAAACCAGCCUCAUUUCUGUGCUAGCGGACGCAACGGCGGCCUACUACAACAACUAUGGCAUCUCGUAAGCUUGGUCACAGCACCCGUUAUACUUGUGGCUGAUCAGAGACACUACAGGGGUUAAAAUGGGUGAAGAAAUUUGGGAUAAUUUUGCACUUGGGUGCCAGUAAGGGAAAGAUUUCUGUGCUCUCAUCUGUAAUUUUUAAAAUCCUGUAUUAGCAUCUAUGAGCAACAUCAUCCCACCAUGAUUAAAACCUGAACUGAUUACGGAGCAAUGUGAUUGUCUGGAGCCGAGGAAAAAACAAAGAGCAAUUGGAGGAAUACGAAGAAAGGGAGAUGGACACCUCAGGGAUGCAGACACAAAUACUAUAGUAUGCCACCUCCAGUUGACAUGACGCUUCUAAACCAGAAGAACAAUCGUAAAGACUUGUUGUCCACUUGUAAAUGUCACCAGUUACUGUUGCCACUGCGGCAUGUACAGAUGCUCUUUAGAAACUAAUUUAAGUCCUUUGAUGUUUCGCAUAAAUGCUAACUGUAAUGCUAUUAUCGACGCUUUCCAUUCGAAUGUUUGUAUUCUAUGUUCUCGCUCUCAUUAGCUUGGGAGUCUUACCUCAGUAGUUGUAAUUGAAUGAGGUUUUAGUUGGACAUUUCUUAUGCAAAUUAACAAAAUGGUGUAUAAUGAAGAAAAAAGGCGUUUAUACUUCUUCUCAAGUACUUAAUAAUAUAUAAUCAUAACCUCUACGAUGAAAAUAAUAAUGGUAACUAUAACUGUAUGCUGAUUUAGGUUUGUGAAAGACAAUAAUUUAAAAUAAAGUUCAAUUUUUAUAUUAA